GCUGGGGAAGUGUGUCUCCUACGAAUUCUGUCCACAGGUGCUGCAAGCCAUAAGCGCCCCCACCUGCGCUAUGGGCUCAGAAGUCUGGGUCGGCACUUGGCGGCCACAUCGGCCCCGCGGCCCCAUCGCGGCACACUACAGAAGCCCGGGGCCAAAAUACAAGCUGCCAACGAACACCGGUUACAAACUGCACGAUCCGUCUCGGGCGCGAGCCCCCGCCUUCUCCUUCGGCUCGCGUCUACCCUUGCGGCAUGCAACCUGCGGACCCGGGCCGAGUUACCUGGUGCCUGCCCGCAUGACUGUGCGCGGCAGCGUUGGUUCCCCGGCCUUCUCCAUCUACGGUCGCCUAAGCCACACCGCGCCCGUCCUCACUCCGGGACCGGGCAGGUACUCCCCAGAACGCGCGGGAAAUGCGACGUACCCCAGCGCUCCUCGGCAUACCAUCGCUCCCCGAAACUGGGGCAUCCUCUCAAAGCAAGAAACCCCAGGUCCUGGGUCCUACACCGUGCCUUCGCUCUUGGGCCCACGAGUCAUAAGCAAAGUCUCAGCCCCAACUUACUCCAUCUACGGCCGCAGCACUGUGGGCAGCUGCUUCGAGGACCUCAGCAAGACCCCAGGCCCUUGUGCCUACCACGUUGUGAGCCCUGGGGUCUACAAGACUCGAGCCCCGCAGUUCACGAUGCUGGGGCGGGCUCUGUCACCUCUACAGAACACCAGCAAGCCAGGACCGGCAUCCUACAGCGUGGACAAGGUGGUCUGGAGUCGAGGGUCAAGGGGCAGGGGAUGAGGGUCUGAGGUCUAAGGCAUGGGUCAAAAAGUCCCCGGGGAACUGGCAUCCCUGUAUGAAGCGAAACAGCUGGCUUGGUAAGGUCAGCCGCGUCUCCCGGACCCGCAGCACCGGAAGCCUCGUGGCUGGACCUUCGGGAUCAGGCACUCCGACUACCUGGCCCCCAUGAUACGGUACCACGUGGACGACUGACGCCAUCAAGCACGCAGGCACGCACGCACCGGCCCUCGGUUGUUUACUUAAAGCUUUCUAAGUCA